UGUGCAUUGUGGGAACUAUAAUGGCGGCUUCCAGAAGGUGAAGAGUGUCCGGUAUUACCGCGGAUAAAUUACUAGUUAAUAUGCUCGGUAUCUUGGCUUAUCAGCUGAGCUCUGAUCGUUGGUGAUGAUGAUGAUGAUGGGAAGAUUGUUGGUCAGACUGAAGCCUGUGACAUGGAAACGGUGCACCCAUGACAUCCAUACUCUGAGAUGGAGAGAUUCUCGUUACUCAUGGCCAUGCCCAGGUCUAAUGUUUUUGCAACAAAGCCGGAUACCUGGGGGAAUCAACAAAUUCAGCCUGCCAUUCAGCAGGCUUUUAGUCACUAAAAAGCUUCCACAGCAAUGAUGGUUUCAGCAGCUGUGCAUGUGAAGGUGGAUGAAAACAGGCAAUGUUCCAAGAUGAAAGAUAAAUAUAAGAUUGCUCCAGUAAAACAAAAGCAAGUGAAAAAAGAAGUGGAGAUAAAGCAAAGAAUGACUGUUGCUGAACUUGCAGAAGCAAUGGAUAAAGAUACAGAUCAUGUAUAUGAGGCUCUGCUGCACACAAAUAUUGACAUAGACUCCCUAGAACAGGAUUUUGUCUUAGAUGAAAAAUGGAUAAAAGAGGUCAUAAAGAAGUCUGGAAUGAAAUUUAAGUGGGCAAAACUUUCAGAAGAAAAAGUGAAAGAAAAUAAAGAUGCUGUGAGAAGGCCACUUUCAGAUCCAACUAUGCUAGUUCCCCGGUCACCUAUAGUUACUAUAAUGGGUCAUGUUGACCAUGGAAAAACAACAUUACUUGACAGUCUUAGGAAAACUCAGGUUACAGCUAUGGAAGCAGGAGGUAUCACUCAACAUAUUGGAGCAUUCCUUGUGCACUUGCCAUCUGGUGAAAAGAUAACCUUCCUGGAUACGCCAGGCCAUGCUGCCUUUUCAGCAAUGAGGGCCCGCGGUGCUAAUGUGACUGACAUUGUGAUAUUGGUGGUUGCUGCAGAUGAUGGGGUAAUGAAGCAAACCAUAGAAUCAAUUCAACAUGCUAAAAAUUCUAAUGUUCCGAUAAUUCUGGCAAUAAAUAAGUGUGACACACCAGAGGCAAAUCAUGAAAAAGUAAAGAAAGAAUUGUUAGCCUAUGAUGUGAUUUGUGAAGAGUAUGGUGGUGAUGUUCAGUCCAUAAAUGUUUCAGCCCUCAAGGGAGACAACUUGAUGGCUUUGGCUGAGGCUACUAUUGCUCUGUCGGAAGUGCUGGAGUUGAAAGCAGAUUGUAAAGGACCUGUUGAGGGUACUGUUAUUGAAUGUCGGAAUGAUAAAGGAAAAGGACCAGUCACCACAGCAAUUAUCCAACGCGGAACCUUAACGAAAGGUUGUGUGCUGGUGGCAGGGAAGAGCUGGGCUAAGGUACGGUUAAUGUUUGAUGAGAAUAAUAAGCCAAUGAAAACUGCUGGACCAAGUACCCCAGUGGAGAUAGUUGGUUGGAAGGAACUUCCAUCUGCUGGAGAUGAAAUUCUUGAAGUGGAAUCAGAGCAAAGGGCCAGAGAAGUUUUAGAUUGGAGGAAGUAUGUUGAGACACAAGAAAAAAAUAAAGACGACCUUGAGGUGAUUGAAGCAAAACAGAAGGAACACUAUGAGACUUACAAAAAGGAGCGGGAGAGCUUUAGUAGCAUGAACUGGAGACAGAGAAAAUCGGCUAUGUACAAGGCCAAUAAACAUCUAAUGGCAACAAGGCCUAAAGAGAGGACUGAGAUAGAUGAGCUUUCACUUCCAAUAAUAGUAAAAGGUGAUGUUGAUGGCUCUGUGGAAGCCAUUCUAAAUAUCCUAGAUGGUUAUGAUGCUGAUGAACAAUGUAAACUCAAACUGGUUCAUUUUGGUGUUGGCGAUAUCAGUGAAAAUGAUAUUGUUUCAGCAGAGAUUUUUUCAGGUCUGGUGUAUGGUUUUAAUGUAAAUGCCAGCAAAGAAGUACAACAGAUGGCUACCAAGAAAGGAAUAAAAAUCAAAUUGCACAGGGUUAUCUACAAACUUAUUGAUGACCUCAAGGAUGAACUGAGUGGCAAGUUGCCAGCAGCACUUGAAGAAAAUAUAAUAGGAACGGCAUCUGUGUUGGCACUCUUCCACGUGACAGUAGGAAAAGAGAAAAUUCCUGUAGCAGGGUGCAGAGUGCAGAAGGGUCAAUUGCACAGAAAGAUGAAGUUUAAGCUCAUUCGUGAUGGACAUAUUUUGUGGAGAGGUUUUCUCACUUCUCUCAAACAACUCAAGAACGAUGUUCCAGUUGUGAAGACAGGGAUGGAAUGUGGCCUCAGCUUGGAUAAAGAAAUUGAUUUCAAGCUUGGUGAUGAAAUAAUUUGCUAUGAAGAAAAAGAAAUCCAACAAAAUAUCUCCUGGGAUCCAGGAUUUUAAAACUUGAUUACUCCAAGAACUGAAGAGUUUUUGAAUUUAAUUAAAUUGCACUAUUAAUAUAAAGUCUGUCCAGUAAAAUGACUAAAUGGACAAAAUAUGUUCAUGAUGUAUCCAGCCUGUUUGGAAUACAGGCCAAUAAAAAGACCAGCAUUUACAUAAUGACUGCACUUCAUAAGGCAUUACUUUGAAAGAUGGUGAAUGUUAUUCAGUGGAUCCACGCAGAAGCCAUUUUGAACAUAACAAGAUUUUAGAAAUAACAGUCUGUGGAAAAGAAUAUUGCAAAAUCUGACUCUGGCCUGGAGAAUUGACCAACCACAAUUUGAAAUGCUGAAUGUGUUGUGAUGUGUUGCAUUUUUAGAUCCUAGUGACAGGUUAAAUAUCUGUUAAACAUGAUUAAAAUAGACUAAAUGUG